AUGGAGGACGUCACGUUCGACGAGUCGGUUCCCUUUUACCGUCUCUUCCCCUACCGCACUGCCCCGCUCCCCCCCCCGCCGCUCUUCCUCGCUCCAGGUGCUCCCCAGGUAGACCCCCUCCCCACUCCUGGUCCUGCUCCUUCAGGUGUUUCUCAGGUAGACCCUCCUCCCUUGACUGCGCCGGUUGAGGUCACUGGUGACUCAGGUCCUACUGAGGGUGGUCCUUCUCGGGGUGCUACUUCUAGGGGUGCUGAGCCUGAGGGUGCGGAGCUUGAGGGUGUGGAGCCUGGUGGUGCUGAGCCUGAGUGUGAGGGGUCUGGGGGUGCUGAGCUUGGCGAAACUGACGCUGGAGGUUCUGGAGCUACUGAGGGUGCUGGAGCUGGAGGUUCUGGAGCUGCUGAGGGUGCUCGCGCUGGAGGUUCUGGAGCCGCUGGAGGUACAGGUGCUGAGGGUACUGACACCGGAGGUUCUGGAGCCGUUGGGGGUGCGGGCGCUGAGGGUUCUGAGUCUGCUGUUGCGCGGUCUCCUUGGAGUAGCCGCCUUCGUCCACGUGUGCCUCUCACCCCACAGCAGCUGCAGGACUGGUACGGUCGCCGUCAGCGUCGCGCUGCUGGAGCUAGGAGUGGUGCUGGACCUUUGUCUACUGGAGGUGCUGGAGUCGCUGGUUCUGGAGGUGCUCGUACUGGAGACACUGAGGCUGGAGACCCUGGGACUGGAGGUGCUGGCUCUGGGGGUGCUGCUGCUGGAGACACUGAGGCUGGAGACCCUAGGACUGGAGGUGCUGGUUCUGGGGGUGUUGCUGCUGGAGACACUGAGGCUGGAGACCCUGGGACUGGAGGUGCUGGUUCUGGGGGUGCUGCUGCUGGAGACACAGAGGUUGGAGACCCUGGGGCUGGAGGUGUCGGCUCUGGGACUGGAGCUUCUGGAGCUGCUGGAGACUGGUAG